AUGACCGAGAUAGAGUGCAUACCUCUCUCUUUCACCAAUGCUGCUGGAAGCACUGGCGACUUCCAUGCUCUCCACGACGCCUUCAACAAGCGCAUCCAAGACAACUGCUUCAACAUAAAGUCCACCUUCGACUUCGUUACCGACAAAGCUUUCUCCUCUUCCCUCCUCAACCACCUCCUUCAAACCCUAUCCACCCUCAACCGCGGCGUCACUCGCAAACUCCAGCGCGUCAAUGACGCGCUCCACGCCAUCGAAUAUAUGGCACGUACCAACGUCGGGGGCUGCCGCCCCAAUACAACCACCUUCUACCCCGUCCUGAACAUCCUAACACGCCAGGAAGCUAUAGACCACGCGCGGCGCAUGGUGGAUUUCAUGUCCACGCUUGGCGUGAAUCUGGAUCUGACGGGACACAACUACUUCCCCAUUGCACACUACUACGCUGGAGACAUGGUUGCCGUCGCCGGAGUUUUGAAGAAGAUGGAGGAAGAUGGGAUUGGUGCGGAUACGCGUGAGAAGGAUGGUGGAUGA